GCGGUAACUUUCAUAUGUCUCAAGUGCACAUCUGGAAGAGGUUACUCGCGCUGCUGUUUACUCUGAGAACUAUUUCAGAGUACGACUGCAACUUUAAAAUGUCUUUCGUAAAAGUAGAGGAGAAAAGUGACUUUUCUUAUCACAACUUGCCUUAUGGAGUGUUUUCCACGCCGGAUAACCCCAGGCACAGAAUUGGCAUUGCCAUUGGAGAUCAAAUUUUGGAUCUUAGUGUAAUCAAGCAUCUUUUCAAUGGACCGGCUCUAGGGCCCCACCAGGAUGUUUUUGAACAGCCCACACUCAAUGCUUUUAUGGCUCUGGGUUAUGAUGCUUGGAGGGAAGCGAGAAAGUUCCUCCAGAUGCUUCUGGCUGCAAAUGAGUCCACGCUACGUGAUGACGUCAGUUUAAGAAGCCGGGCGUUUGUUCAGCAAAGUUCUGCAGUGAUGCAUCUUCCAGCUGAGAUUGGCGACUACACAGACUUUUACUCAUCGAGAGAUCAUGCCACCAACGUUGGAAUAAUGUUCCGUGGAAAAGAAAAUGCCUUGAUGCCCAACUGGCUGAGACUGCCAGUGGGGUAUCAUGGGAGAGCUUCAUCUGUGAUCGUCUCUGGAACACCAAUCAGAAGACCUCAAGGCCAGAUGAGACCAGAUGCAGCUCAGCCGCCCAUCUUUGGACCAAGCAAACAGCUGGACAUAGAGUUAGAGAUGGCGUUUUUUGUGGGAAAAGGGAAUAAGCUUGGAGAGCCCAUCCCAGUGGAGAAGGCUCACGAGCACAUCUUCGGCAUGGUGCUUAUGAACGACUGGAGUGCUCGGGAUAUCCAGGCUUGGGAAUAUGUUCCAUUAGGCCCGUUCUUGGGCAAGAAUUUUGGGACUACCAUCUCGCCCUGGGUCGUUCCUAUGGAAGCACUGAUGCCCUUUGUCGAGCCCAAUCCGGUCCAGGAUCCUGUUCCUCUUCCAUACUUGCGUCACAAUGACCCCUACACGUUCAACAUCAACCUCUUCGUCUCUGUGAAAGGUGAGGGGAUGAGAGAGGCCACCACCAUUUGCAAGUCCAAUUUUAAGUACAUGUACUGGUCCAUGAAACAGCAGCUGGCACACCACACAGUCAACGGCUGCAACGUCAGACCGGGAGACCUGCUGGCAUCAGGCACCAUCAGUGGACCGGACCCUGAGAGUUUCGGCUCAAUGCUUGAGCUCUCAUGGCGGGGAUCCAAGACUAUUGACCUCGGCAAUGGAGAGACAAGGACCUUCCUGAAGGACGGGGACGAGGUCACUAUCUCAGGUUAUUGUGAGGGCAGUGGUUACAGAGUGGGAUUCGGUCUGUGUGCGGGGAAGAUCCUUCCUGCCCUGCAACAGUGAUGCACAUCUCUGUCUGUCUGUCCCUCCCUACUGUGAGCCAGACAAAACAGCCAUGAACAAAUACAGUAUUAUUCUUGAUCUUAUAUUCACAGCCUGUUUAAACCCUUUUAGAGGUCUUAAAACACUUUAUACAUUCAUAAUCUGGUGUAUUUCUGAGUAAAACAGGAUAUUCAAUAAGAAAAAAUAUACGGGGGAACUUGAUUUAGUUCAUCAGGGUUGUUCAGAUUGUGAAAAUUGGUCAUUAAAUAUCAUUAAAUAUCAUUAAAUAUGAAGGAAAAUAUAAAAGAACUUGUUCUUUUUAGAUAACCUUUGUGAUCUUAAGAAAACAUGUCAGUGAAGUAGCAAUGCAUCAUCAUGGGCUUCCAUAUGCUUGAAAACAGUCAUUCAUUUCUGCAAUUCAACUAAUUUUUGCAGAAAUUACACACUUGAAUUGUCAUUCUGUUACUGAAAAAAAAUCAAUAAAGUUACUGAUUGCUUUUGAA